UCUAUAAAAGAGGGGCGGACACCAACUGCCCCCAAACGUCAGAGCGCACUUAACUAUAAAUCUCUCCAAACAGCCCUCUGCGCCCGGUGCGGUGUUAUGCGCAGACAUCUGUCCUGCCUAAGUCCAGUAUGAGGACAACGCGUGUGGAAACGCUUCUAGCUGCAUAGACACUACCUGACCCGGAGAAAAUGGAGAAUAAAUACCCCCAUCUGUGUUGUUUACUAUGUCAAGAUGUUGUAAAAUGUUGUCGACUAUGAUUUUUUUUAACGCAGUUCUGGAUAUAACGGCGCUUUAACUAAGAGGCAGACAAGAGCUUGUUGCACUCUGGAAAACAGAUAUUGCGCACCUUUUGCGCCUCGCUUAUGCGCCGGAGACGCUGAUGUCUUCAUUGGACUCCUUUCAGUCGGAGAUGGUGGAUCUCUCUCGGAUUUCCAACGUGGAAACGUAGCAUCCAAUUAAUCAGCGACUGCAACUGUACCCCGUAAAGGCGCAGUGGCACUUGGUCGGCUCUCUUCAACACCUACCUUUGGACUCCAAAGUGUGGAGAGACGCAUGGUUUGGUCGCUGCGCUGGAUUCGGAGUAUGUGAAAACGCACCUGGUGCGGAAUUUCACCUUUUGUUCUAUUUGGACACUAACUGAAUUUUAACUCGUUUCAAGGAUUUUUUUUUUUUUUUUGGGAUCGUGGCUGUUCGAACGAUUCACUGCAGCUGAAUCAGCUUGGGACACUAAAUGAGUCGCGUUUUCUGUCUGGAUUUUAACACCAACAGCCAAGCGAGUUUCAGGUCUGCAUGGGCCAUAUUUAAGGUAAGUGAAGCAUUUGUGUUUUUUUUAUAAUUUCAGAGUGUGACAAAACAUUUUCAUAUCUGUAGAUCAUCUGCGCGCAAAGGACACACACGCUUCACUCCAGUUAUUUUCGUUGAAACAGCAAACCGAGAUGAGAAAUGCAACUUGUGCUUGUGUAAAGACAGUUGUUAGGACUUUUUUUAAUGCAUAGCAUGUUUAAGCUCAGUAUUUAUCCAUGCAUAGCUGUUUAGGUUUACUGCAGACUCAACAUGCCAUUAGACAGAGUCACGUAAGCUUUGGGGAUCGCCAUCUGGCCAACUCACACCAUUAUUUAGGCUAUCGCUGCCAACACGCUUUGGUGCGUGCUUUAACCAACGCAUUUUUUUUGUUUGUGUGUUAGGCGCACCCUCCUGAUAUCAUAACAAGAGGAAUAUAUCAUCUCAUAAUCCUAAUAGCUCUGACCAUCAGCAGAGAAUAAAUUAAAAGCAGGCUGCUGGUUAAUCACAAAUGUAUGUUAUUUAAAAAUUGUUUUUUUUUACUUUUACGCACAAAUUUACGCAUUAAUUUAUGAUUCUUUCUAUAUGCUGUUUCUAUAUUUUGUGCUUAUUUUGACAUUAUCAAGUGCAUUUAAGGCUAUUUGCUAUUAUCAUUUCUUUAAUCAAAAUUCUGUGCUAAGUUUACCCUGAUAUUCAUAAAUACAGCGAAGACAACUAUGAGACAGAGACAAAGUGAGGACCAUAGCCUCUUGACAUGAUGGCACAUAGUUAUUAAUACAGACUGAGUCAGGACUGGCUGAUUUCAUUAGAAACAAAAGUUGGCCUACAUUCUAAGUGUGUUUAGAUUUUUUUUUUUUUUUGCCAUUUUUUGUACUUUGUUUUAUCUCUCUGUUUCAAACAAAAUGUCCCAUCUGUUGUUUUUUUGCAGCCUUCUUCAUAGGAACUGAGUCUAAGAUGAAGUUAUGGGAUGUUUUGGCCACGUGUUUGUUGCUCCUGAGCUCUGUUGCUACACGGCCUCUCUACCAAAACACUCAGCCAGCCAAGAGGACUUACUUCCCCAGCAGCUACAGUGAUUCAGUGUCCCUGUCUGUGGAGGACGAAGAGCCAGCGUUCCAGCGUGAAGACCACAACCUGCAGGAGAUCUCUAUGGAGAAUCAAUAUGACAUCACAGGUCCCUAUCCAGAUCAGUUUGAUGAUGUAAUGGAUUUUAUCGAGGCUACCAUUGGCAGACUCCGGAGAUCAUCAGAGCCCAACGGGGGCUCCAGGGGACGGAGGGAGCAGAGACAGAGGGGAGCAGCAAACACGGGAGGCACGAGGGGUGAGGGAAGAGGACAUGGCGACAGGAGGCGGGGACGGGGGCGAGGGGGAAGCCGAGGCAGUAAAGGGGGCAGAGGCGAGAGGGGGAGGGAGAGGAUAUCGGUGCAGAGUCGAGGCUGCUUGCUGAAGGAGGUCCAUCUCAAUGUGACGGACUUGGGGCUGGGCUACCAGACUAAAGAGGAGCUGAUCUUCCGGUACUGCAGCGGCCCCUGCGUGGAGGCGGAGACCAACUAUGACAAGAUCCUGAACAACCUCACACACAACAAGAAGCUGGACAAAGACACGCCCGCCCGCACUUGCUGUCGACCAAUCGCAUUCGACGAUGACUUAUCUUUCUUGGAUGACAAUGUGGUGUAUCACACACUGAAGAAGCAUUCUGCCAGGAAGUGUGGCUGUGUCUGAGGAAGUCACACGGACCGACAUCAUCCAGCAACAGUGAACUAAGGAUCACCUUUACAAGCUGGUACUGCAAAGGGAGGGAUCGCUGUUGGAAACGGGCAUAUGAGGUCAAAGAGGAAGUGUAUCAUCAAAGGAGAAUUCUGUACAUUUAACUUUUGACAGUUCACACUCAGUACUCCAGAUCCUUUGACCAGUAUUUGACUGCUCAGUCAGACACAUGCAGAAAAUGUGCACAAAUUUGGGGAAGAAUCAAUACUGUUACACUUCCAGAUUUGCUAACUGUGUUGUCUAAAAAGGUGAGAGUGAAGAAAAACUUUGGUUGGCUUGUUUGCUUUUUUUUUUUUUGUGGAAGAAUCCAUUUUCCCAGGAACAUCAGUUUUUCCAUGGCUGGCUCCUUAGACUGCAGAUGAACGCAGAGAUGUGAGGAGUAUAUUCAGCUGCGGUUUAAAUCACUUCCACUGCAUAGUCUGGUUGUUGACAUUUACAUUCAGAGCCAAGUGAUGAGAAAUACCACACCAGGGUUCAGCAACGAUGUUUUUUUGGUGCAACACAUCAACAUAAAAUCCAAUCAUAUAUAUAUAUAUAUAUAUAUAUAAAUAUAUAUAUAUACACGUGUGUGUAAGAGGUAUAUUUAUUAAGAUGGAAUUAACUUAUUGUUAUUUAUUUCAAUCCAUUUUAUGAAAGAAAUUGUCAUGUUUCUUAUUUAUUUAAAAAGCUUUGUUUGUCCUGGAUGGUGCCAAAGUGGAGCAUUUUCUCAUACAAAAUCUUACAAGGCGAUCCACAACUGCUACACACACACACACACACACACACACACACACACACACACACACACACACACACACACACACACACACACACACACACACACACUAA